UUUCAAAAAUGUUUACGUUUUGUAAACUAUGAAGUUUGAACGAUGACUGUCACCGAUCUGUUUGGAGCUUCUUAUGUCGAUUUGCUGUUUUAGAAACUAGGAAUGUUUAGAAACUGUGAAUAGGAAAUUUUAGCAAUCGGAGAAUGACUGCUAAAAAGAUUCCUUUCUGUACAGAUGAUGAACUUCUGGCUGAGUUAAAAAAAUUAGGUUAUAAUGAUGUUUCUCCAGAUGUACUUGAAAUAAUGAAAGAUGAUUUGUCACAGCUGAUUUCUAAGGAUCAGUAUCACUCAAAAAGAUCAAUACCCGGAAAUGAAAAAGAAUCAACUAGCAAUAGCGAUACCAUUAAACAUCGCUAUUCGCAAAAACAGUUUCAUAGAAUAGCUAGAAAUGUAAUUGAACCAGAAAAACCUUUGUUAUCUAAUGUCGCAUUUGAGCGUGAAAAUAAAUAUUCUGACGUUCUCACAUCCGAUGGUGAAAUUUCAAAAACUUCAUCAAUCGCAAAGUAUAAAAAUACUCUUAAAAGCUAUAAAAUUGGCAACUAUCGAAAACACGAAAGUUUAUCAGUUGGUAAUAUUGAAAAAUUAUCUACUGAAAUUUUAGACGAACCCAACUCUGAAGCGCAUUACCAUGAAGAACAACACGGGGUUACUGAUGAACUGUACGAAACUAAGAGUCUGCAAUCAAAGAAUGAAAAGGAAUCCUAUUCAACUCUGAAACAAAGUUGUUCUCAAAGGCAGAUUCCUAGAUUGCAAAGAAAUUUCUCUGAUUCAAAUAAAUCUCCAAUGUCAGAUAUAAGUUUUGACAAUAAAUUUUCUGAUGUUCUUUCUUCCAGUGAUGAUAUCUCCAGAGCUUCUGCUUUUGAUAGAUAUAAAAAUACUUUUCAGAGUUAUAAAAGAAAUACCUAUGCUAAAAAACAUGAAGAUUUAUUACCUGAAUGUCUGGUAAAACAAAAGGAUUUGACUGGAAGUAAUGAAAACACCAUUUCUGAAACAGAAUAUCAGUCUUCAAAAAGUUUAAUUUCUUUAGAUUCAAAUAAAAUGAAGAGAAAAGUAUUAAGACAUAGAGAUGGAAAAUCUGUGAUUACUGAAGAAUUUCUUGAUAUUCCAAGUAUUUUCAACUCGUCAUAUCCAGAAACUCAAACGCUUGAUAGUAGUAAAUCAUUUUCUAGUGAUGAUUUAUCUUGGAAAUCUAAUGGUUCAACUGGCAGUAUUUCUGCUAUAAGUCCAGAUGCUUCAAUUACACCUCGAUCAACUUUUUCUUUAUCUUCAACACGUUCCUUGCAUUCUCGUUUUGGGAACCCUCGUAAGAAGAAGAAUGAUCCUGUGGCGAUGUAUAAUUAUUAUAAGAAAUUCUGGAAUGAAUUCAAACCUCCUGGAGAGAAAACCCAUGAUAAAAUAAGAUGGGCAGUUCGAGAUAAAAUGUUGGAUUAUAAUUUGUGAAAUGAUAGUUCUUCGCUGAUCUUCUCUUAUUUGUAAAUAUGAAACUCAUGAAAUUCCAUACUAUUAUAUAGAUGUAGUAUUGUAUUUCGAUUUUAAAUAUUGUUAAUUAAUUUUCAGUAAUAUUAUUCCUAUUGAAUUCAAAUAUAGAAAAUAGUUAAGCAUUAAUGUUAGACACUAUGUACUGUUACUGUAUCACAUUUUUUUAUUUAUUUGUGAACUAAUUUGUAAAUAUACGCUUAUUGUUUUAGGAUGUUAUUUAGUAAAUUUUAUGGCUCUUUAAAAAAAUAAAAAUCUUUGGAUUGGCAGAUCUUAUCUUUAUCGUAUCUUAAAUAAAUGAAGUUUGUGUCAUAUGAACAAAAUAUCUCUAGUUAGGUAAAUAUAUAUUCUUAAUAAGAUUAACAAACUAGCUAUUUAUUCAUAUAGCAUUUUAAGAGUUUAAUAAUUUAAAGGGGGUUUCUCCCCCCCCCCCUUAUAAAAUCAAAGUUCUUGUUAGUGUAGUUUCCAGAUGCAUUGUUGUGUCUGUAAUGAUGCCAAUAAAAAUUAUGGGAAGGUGAGUUACAGUAAAAAAAGUGGAUAAAGCAGAAAUAUCUCAGUCUUUAAGAGUAUUAAUUUAGUUAAGAUGUUUAAAAAAAUGAGAUACUGAUGUAAAAAUGGGGGUUUGCAGCAAAAAAAUCAGUCAUAGAUUUCAAUCAUGUGUCGCAGAUUUUCCUUUUGCAAGAGCAAUCAAUACAGUUUACUUCCAUUUCUUUUUAAAUAUAUCAUUGAUAAUUAAUAAACAUGGUCAUAAUUAGAUUCAUGACUAGUAGCUUAUAUUUUCUUAUGAAGCAUGAAUCAAUAUUUUAUAUUAUUAAUUUUUCUUAUAUACUGUAUGAUUUAUAGUAAUAUUUGAUUAGCUGUUGCUUCAGCUAGUACAAAUGCUAUUCCUAUAGUGUGGUUUUGAAACUUUGGAAAAAGAGACAAUUGUUAUUAUGCUUCAUUGUAGUUUCAAAGGUUAUCAAAGAUGUUUUAAAUUUUCCUUAUUCUGCAUUUGAAUUUUAUUCUAUUUCAUUUUAGGGAGUUAAUUUAUAAAAGAUUAAAGUAAUUUUGUUUGUAAAAAUUGUCUGGAAUAUCUAAACCUUAGUGUACUACUUCUCAGACAAUCAAAUGAUAAUCAUGUUUUUAUUUUGUUUGCCUCAAUAUGAUUAAUAAAAAUCAAACAUAGAUUAUCCAAAUAUCAAUAAGUUUUUUUUAGCAUGUAAGUAUUGUUAAAAUUUUAUUUAAAGUGAAGAAGUGAUCGACAGAUUUUGAUAAGA